AUGCCUGAAUCCAACACCCAACCAAAGUCUACCAACGUCGAGGUGGUGAUUUCCGACCUCCCCUCCACUACCACCAUGAACACUCCCGCUCCUCCUUCGCCUCCCGCUUCGAAAGUCUCCCAGGAGGACGAGAGCAGUGAGGAGAGCUACGAGCAAGACGAGGAGGACGAUGACGACGGUGAUGACUACGAAGAGGCCCCUCGCAGCAAGCGUGCGCGUGCCAGCAAGCCCCCUCCCAAGGCCUCCCGUACCAAGAACAACACCAAGCCCAAGGUCUCCUCCCCUACGACUCCUCGUAAGCGCGGUAACGGCGGUACCGCGGCUGCGGGUGCGAGCGGAAGCGGCGCCAAGAAGGGCAAGUGGGACGCCGACGACCUCGACAAGCUCUUCACGGCGGCCAUGGGCGGUGGUCCCAAGAUUGCAUUCUUUGAGGGUGCGGUCGAGGGCCGUUCGGCCAAGCAGUGCCACGACACUUGGACGAAGACUAUUGUGCCCUACAUUGCCAAGUGCCUUCAGGAGAAGGGAAAGUGA